AUGUCGCGGGCUCAGCAUGUAUGUCGGGGCGGUGGUCGUGGAACCAAGGAACUACUCCUCAUUGACGCGGUCAUUGGCAAGGUGGUUAAACGCAACCGUCUGAACCUCUCCGCCGCCUGGAUAGACUACAAAAAGGCAUUCGACUCGGUGCCUCAUACAUGGCUUAAGAGGGUCCUCGAGCUAUAUAAGGUUAACUGUACAAUACGAGACUUCCUCGGGCAGUGUAUGGGGCAAUGGAGUACGAUCCUUUAUCAUCUAGGCGAGCGGAUGACGGCUGCGGAGAACUACAUAAGGAUAAGAAGGGGUAUCUUCCAGGGUGAUUGUUUGAGUCCAAUCUGGUUCUGCCUCUCUCUGAACCCUCUCAGUACCUUACUGGAGGGUUCCGAAAGCGGAUUUCAGCUUCGGAAAGGAGGCACAAAAGUGACCCACCUUUUCUAUUUGGAUGAUCUCAAAUUAUUCGCCUCCAGUCGCUCUCAUCUUAUGGAAUUGUUUAACAUCACUUGUGAUUUUAGCAAUUCUAUUAGAAUGGAGCUAGGGACGGAUAAGUGUGCGGUCCACCAUGUCGAAAGGGGAAGGGUUGCUAAAUCUGAGGGCAUAGACUUGUCUAUGCCCAUCAACAUAAAGACCCUUUCCUAG